UAGGCGCUCUGUCUCGGUAGCUACUUCAUAGACGUAAUUGUUUUUGUGUAAACAGAUAUUUAAAAUAAUUCAUUUAAUUUUUAAAAUUUUUAUUCUUCAAGUUUUUAAGUCAUGCAUCUUUCACUGAAAAAUCUUAAGAGAAAUUUUUCUACUUUUAUUAAAUAUACAGCUUUUUGUUCAACUAAAACUCAUUUUGGUUUUGAAACAAUUGAAGAAUCAGAAAAGUCACAAAAAGUGUACCAAGUAUUUAAAAAUGUAGCAGACUCGUAUGAUACCAUGAAUGAUGUUAUGAGCUGUGGAAUACAUAGGUUAUGGAAAGAUGAACUUAUAAGGGUAUUAGAUCCAACCCCAAAGACACGAUUAUUAGAUGUUGCUGGAGGAACUGGAGAUAUUGCUUUUAGAUAUUUAAAUUAUAUAUCUGAUAUGGAAGGAGAUGGGUAUGUAACAGUAGCUGAUAUUAAUAAAUUUAUGCUAAAAGAAGGAAAUAGGAGAGCAUUAAAUUUAAGAUUAAAUAAUGAACUUAUUUCUUGGCAAGAGUGUGAUGCAGAAUUGUUACCAUUUGAGUCAGAUUCAUUUUCUGCAUACACAAUUGCCUUUGGAAUAAGAAAUGUAACGCAUAUUGAUAAAGUAUUAGAUGAAGCUUAUCGAGUACUUGAACCAGGAGGCAGAUUUCUUUGUAUGGAAUUUAGUCAAGUGAACCCAGAACCUUUAAGAUGGCUCUAUGAUCAAUAUUCAUUUAAUGUUAUUCCCGUUAUGGGUCAUUUAAUUGUUGGUCAAUGGGAACCUUAUCAAUAUUUAGUAGAAAGCAUAAGAAAGUUUCCACCUCAAGAUGAUUUCAAAUAUAUGAUUGAAUCAGCUGGUUUUCGAUGUGUUACAUAUACAAAUUUAACAUUUGGUGUAGUAUCAAUUCAUUCAGGAUUUAAAAUAUGAAUGUAAUAAUAAUAAAAUAAAAAAACAAUGUGUAAAUAAUCAAUUAUGAUGCUAUAAUUAAAAUGUGAAUAUAGAACUGUUAAUUUAAU